AUGCGCUGCUACAUCUUAAUCUUCUACUUUUCUGCGCUGCCCAGAUGCCAUAGCCUUCUUGGCUUCGGUACAACUCAGUCGGUUGCAGUUGAAGGUGAACUUCAGUGCAAGGGCUAUCCAGCAACGAACGUCCAAGUCAUAUUGUUUGAUAGAGGAUUGCUGUUCGACACCAAAAUGGCCACAACUCGAACCGACCCUCACGGGAAAUUUCGUCUAUCUGGAUGGAAGAGUGAAUUCUCAAAGAUCGAUCCAAAGAUCCACAUUUAUCACAUGUGUAACCACGGAGGGGUGAGAGCUGUUUCAUAUGAUAACUGUUGA